GUCUCAGGCAGAGAGGCCUUAUGGCCAUGGGAAGGGAGCAUUCUGCAGAUGUAGAAUGCCCCAUUCCUGUACUGGCCGAUUGUGCCCCGCACUCGCUAUACAUUGACCCAUUCUCCUCUCAGGACGUGAUUGGGGUUUCGGGGAACAGCGUCAGCGAGUGCAAUUGCGAGAUGGCGGUGGGAACAAUCACCCUCAUCCUUCGGACCUCCCACCGCUCCCUCGGCCACAGACCACCGCAUCAUCCAUCUCAACAGCCAUAUCUUCUCUUCGGGUGCUAUCUUUCCAAAGAGCAUCACAGACGCCGUACUCCUCCGCCAUGCCGGUUGUCAAAGUUUGUCCGUACGACGAUGGCACGGUCGAGAAGCCCAUCAAUCGGGAACCCUACAUGAUCGAUCUCGUUUCAAGCUUCAUCACCAAAAGCGACAAUUAUGACCGGAACCACGGCCCAAUUCAGCACAAGAUCGGGACGGAUCACCGAGUCACAGUAGACGGGGCGGGCUUCGUCUCCGAGACUCUCAGUUUCACCGUCGACCAGCUCGUGAAUGACUUCCCGCAAGCCAGGGUGACCUGCACGCUGCAGUGCGCUGGAAACCGCCGACACACCAUGCGCACACGCAUCAAGGAGGUCUUGGGUGUAGAUUGGGAGGAUGCUGCUCUCAUGACAUGUGCGUGGGAGGGCCCUCGGGUUCGUGACAUCCUGCUCGCGGCCGGAGUCCAGGACCACCACACCAUGGGUGACAACGUACCACCGAAGCAUGUCCACUUUGCCAAUUAUGGCGGCAGGACUCAGGCCGACGAGUGGUAUGGAGGGAGCAUCCCCUUCGACCGGGCUAUGGACCCAGCCAUGGAUGUGAUCCUGGCGGUCAAGAUGAAUGGCUUGCCUUUGCCAGCCCGACACGGCUUCCCCGUCCGCGCCAUCGUCCCGGGAGUUCUGGGCGCUCGUUCUGUGAAAUGGCUUGACCGCGUCACCGUUUCCGACAGGGAAUCACCAUGUUUCUAUCAGCAGCGUGACUACAAGAUUUUGCCGCCGGAGGCAGUUUGUGCUGAAACCGCUGAGAAAUAUUGGGACCAGUGUCCCUCGAUGCUGGACAUGCCCAUUAACUCUUGUGUUGCGUACCCAAUCUCGGGCUCCACCAUUGUUCUGCCUUCAUCCGGGAUGAUUGAGGUGCUUGGGUAUGCCGUUCCACAAGGCGCUCAAGGCCCGGUUGUCAGAGUUCAGGUGUCGGGUGAUGAAGGCAGGACUUGGACCGAUGCGCACCUCGAGGAUGGUGGCAAAGAUGCGAGCCGGUGGACCUGGUCUUUGUGGCAGGCCGAGAUCAAGAUGGAGAAGGGCAAAGACCAAAGGAUUUUCGCAAAAGCCACCGACGCCGGAGGUAAUACGCAGACCUGUGAACGAUCAGCUUGGAAUUUGAGAGGCGUGGCCUACAAUGGCUAUGAAGCUGCAUUCGAUUUGACCAUUCUCUAGGUGAUUGUUCUGGAGCAGUCUGUGAUCAGCAGCAGAUCGUGGUUGAUUUUGAGUGAGAGGUUGAGCAAAAGAGAGCGUUUCCAGCCUUUCACCUCUGAUAUAGCGGUUUGUUUAUGGUGAGUUUGACAGCGGCACAGCCGGGGAUGGGUGUUCGGAUUGGGCAUCAGGAUCAGCUGUAGCACAGGUCGAUCCAUAGCCCGACAAGAUACCAAUACUGCAAGAUGAACAUCUUGUCCUAAG